AUGAAAUGUUCCCCACUGCCUCAACAGCAGACCCCUCACCUCCCCAUAGACGUCCACACAGAGACCUCCCUACACAGAGACCUCCCUACACAGAGACCUCCCUACACAGACCCCUCACCUCCCCAUAGACGUCCACACAGAGACCUCCCUACACAGAGACCUCCCUACACAGACCCCUCACCUCCCCAUAGACGUCCACACAGAGACUUCCCUACACAGAGACCUCCCUACACAGACCCCUCACCUCCCCAUAGAUGUCCACACAGAGACCUCCCUACACAGAGACCUCCCUACACAGAGACCUCUCUACACAGAAACCUCCCUACACAGAAACCUCUCUACACAGAAACCUCCCUACACAGAAACCUCCCUACACACACACCUCCCUACACAGAAACCUCCCUAUACAGAGACCUCCCUACACAGAAACCUCCCUACACAGAGACCUCCCUACACAGAAACCUCCCUACACAGAGACCUCCCUACACAGAAACCUCCCUACACAGAGACCUCCCUACACAGAAACCUCCCUACACAGAGACCUCCCUACACAGAGACCUCCCUACACAGAGACCUCCCUACACAGAGACCUCCCUACACAGAGACCUCCCUACACAGAGACCUCCCUACACAGAAACCUCCCUACACAGAGACCUCCCUACACAGAGACCUCCCUACACAGAGACCUCCCUACACAGAAACCUCCCUACACAGAGACCUCCCUACACAGAGACCUCCCUACACAGACACAUCCCUACACAGAGACCUCCCUACACAGAGACCUCCCUACACAGAGACCUCCCUACACAGAAACCUCCCUACACAGAGACCUCCCUACACAGAGACCUCCCUACACAGAAACCUCCCUACACAGAAACCUCCCUAUACAGAGACCUCCCUACACAUAAACCUCCCUACACAGAGACCUCCCUACACAGAGACCUCCCUACACAGACACAUCCCUACACAGAGACCUCCCUACACAGAGACCUCCCUACACAGAGACCUCCCUACACAGAGACCUCCCUACACAGAGACCUCCCUACACAGAGACCUCCCUACACAGAGACCUCCCUACACAGAGACCUCCCUACACAGAGACCUCCCUACACAGAGACCUCCCUACACAGAGACCUCCCUACACAGAGACCUCCCUACACUGACCAGUAG